AAAACUGUCACCUUUACUGCGGUUACGGUGACGUGUAUAGUAUAGCAAAACGCUGCGUAUAGCUGUGUAACCAACUUGCCAUUGCCACAGUCGCUCCCAAAUAAUGUCAAGAAAUACACGAUUGUUAUGUGAAUAAAUCGAACUUGUGCUGUUUAUAGAGCUCAACAGACAAUUAUUUAGUGUCGGAACAUUCAUAGUAUUACGAAUAAACAGUUAUCAACUUAAAAAUCCAAUAUGGUGCUUAUGACGAUGAUCGCGCGAGUUGUCGACGGCCUGCCCCUUGCCGCAACCAUGCAAGACGACGAACAGAGCGGCUGCAAUAUCUUGGAGUACCAAAAUCAGGCGAAAAUGCUGUUCCGGAAGCUAGGACCGCAGUCUCCGCUACGCUGUUCGAUUGAAUCCGGACCUUUCUUGUUCCACUAUCUGAUUGAGAACGAGAUCUGCUACCUGGUGCUGUGCGAGAGGAACUACAACAAGCGGCUAGCGUUCAGCUACCUCGAGGAGAUCGCUCAGGAGUUCUACCAGCAGUACGGGAAGAGGGUGAACACGGUGACCCGACCGUAUCCGUUCAUUGAAUUCGAUACGUGGAUGCAGCGGGCCAGACGCCAAUACAGCGAGGGCGGGACGCGCGCGCGCCGCACGGGCGCCGCGGCCGCCCUCGGCGGGCAGCUGGGCGACGUGCAGCGCAUCAUGAUGCAGAACAUCGAUGACGUGCUGCAGCGGGGCGCCGUGCUCUCCGAGCUCGACACAAAAACGCAGUCCCUCUCCAUGAUGUCGCAGAAGUACAAGAAGGACGCCGCUUACCUGAACACCAAGUCUAUGCUCAUCAAGGUAACAGCUGGCGCCGUCAUACUGCUGGUGUUUGUGCUGUACUUCUGGAUCCUGUAAACCUGGUUCUGUCAAAUUGGAGCGGCCAUUUUGUUUUGGCGGACAUCUUGAAUAGUAAACUUUGGUAAAGGCGCUUCUGGAUUACGUUUAAACGCAUAAGGUGGCACAUGUAAGACGAAUGGUAUACUAUUGAGGGCUCAUUGAGAGGCCGUUACCGAUUUUAGUCGCAAAAAUGACAAAUUAUAUAUUUAUUCGAUGAAAUUGUACAGCUUUUGUUAACUAUUAGAAAUAACUAGUACUGGUUUCUAUUAGCACAUCUUGUUAUCUUUCAUUUUAAUAAAUCAUUUUUUUGAAAACAGACAAUUAGUAAUGAUGUUUUUUCUCAUGGACGUUUAGGUAAACGCGCGUAAAGCACUAAUUUUGGAGCUCUUAUUUGUAACUUUUGUAAAGUUUCGACUGCUAAAAAUGGUAAUUUUGUAUUACACAUAUCCUUUACUUCAACUUUAAUAAACUACAUUUUUGUUAUUAUAAAUUUGAAGUAGUGUAAAUGAAAGUUAGUCGACAACAAUUUUCUCCAAAAAUUAAUUUAAAUCAAGUGACAAUUUCUCUGUAAAUCGACUUAAUUUCAACGUAAUUUUGUUACUUAAAUAAUCUACAACAUUUGCUAAAACUGUCCUUAUACAUCAUUUUGUAUAAUUUACCACCAUAAUUUUUUUAAGAGUUUUUAAAAACUGUCCCUUCUCGUCACAUAUUACCGGGGACGCACGCUUGCGACCUCAUUAUUAAAAGGCAAGACGAGAAGACGUGCUGAUAAAAACCAAUACUUGUUAUUUAAAUAUUACGUAACAAAAGGUGUACAAUAUCAACGACUAAAUUUAUCAAUUUUCAUUACAUUGCGGUAUUUGGUCGGUCGGCCGAAUUGAUUGUAACCUCAAUAGUCCGUAAUGUAUGUCUAAAUCAGCCCUUACUUAAACACCAAGUCCAUGCUUCUCAAGGUCCUUGUCAAGUUAGGGCAGCCAUUUUGUUUUUUGGCGGACAUUUUGAAUGAGCAUGAAGAUAUAGGACGCUUUUGGAUUAUAUAAAACGGUGUAGGUUACAACUGAGGUGUUCCACGCGGCGUAUUGUUUUAAAGUAUAUACAUAAGAUUCUAUGUGUUAAAUUAGAUUACAUACAUUUAUUUUAACCGAAAUUUUGUAAGUAUAAAAGAGUCUUUCCAUCAAAUGUGUUGUUAUUCUUAUUUUUAUUUUUUUAUUUUGAAUCAGACUUUUGAAUGAUUAUUUGUAGCCUUUAUUUUAAUAAAGUUAACCUAUUAUUAAAUCUAGUGUGUUUAAACUUUUUCCAAAUGUCUACCAAAAUAUCAAAAUGGCCGUGUUAAGUGUCUAAUAACGAAUUCCUCCAUAUUGAACCCCGACCCACAAAUACAAUGUAUAAUGUGUGUUUACAAUGUAUAAUAUUAUAUAUAACUAUUCGAUACCCAACAACCGUAGAAACGACUAAUAAAAUAUAUUGUCGAAAAUAUGAAAAUAAUAAUAAACAUCGACUUAUAAAAUAUAUAAUUGUAAUAUAUUCUUAGCCGGUUAAGAGUUAGUGUCAAAUGCAGUCUACUUGUUAGUAAAAAUUCAUGUAAGUUUCUUACUUCGCUCUGAAAUCCAUUCUAUAUGUAUAAUUGCUGUAAUGUAUUCUUCACACUUUUCAGCUGAAAAACCAAUUUUUCAUACUAAACUUCGCACGGCAAUAUAUUUGAGAGAAAUUGAGACUUGCUUGCAUUAGAAUUAAGUUCAAUUUCCAUGUUGUUUUUGGCAGCGAGGGCCUACAAGGCAGCUUUUCUAUGUCGUUGAGGCCAAUUCAAACUUUGACAUUAAAAUAAUGUUCUUUACUCACGCUUCUCGUGCAUCCCGCUCGCUCCAAUACAAAAACGGGCACGUAUGAGCGAAAUGCACGCGCAGAUAUAACUAACUUACAUAAUUUUGAUGUACAUUCAAACAAGGGCGUCGGGGGGAGGGGGGCAAGUCCAUAAGGCCGAUGGCCAAGGGGAGGAAGGGAACAUGCAUAUAGUCAGAAAUUUUGUUUUCGGGGGCGGGAGGGGGCAGCUGCCCCUUGUCCCCCUUGGCGACGCCCUUGCAUUCAAAUUGACCUCCUUGUUACAAUACGGCUUGGUGAGCAAACAAUUGUUAUUUUCCUUUCAAUGCAAACCUUUGUUUAUGGACAUUUAUCAAUAUAUAGUUCGUGUCAUUCACGAUGACGCGCAGAUAAGUCAAAUCUAACCUUUAAUAACACGACUAUACGAUUCAAGCCACGCGAUAGUCCCACGAAUCAGAAUAUUUAGUAAAUAUGAUUUGAUCCAUGUUUUUGAAACUGCCUAGUCUGUCCUACCUUUUCUUGGUAGUGGAAAUAUUAAAUGUAAUUACAUGGUGUUUUUUUAUUUAUUACGUUUAGGGUUGGACGCCUGGAUGGCGAUAUAUUUGUAAAUAUAAAAUAAAUAUUCAU